CACGCUCUGGUCCCGCUCGCGAAUCCUAGAUAUUUUCCCCUCCUCGAGACGCCCACAGCCGUCCAUUUCAAAGCAGGCAGACGCGGUAUCCACCGUUGGAUCAUACCUGUUCCGGGUUUUUGAAGAUCUUUAUCUCGUUUCUCAUUUGUUCCCUUCGGUUUAGGCAGCUUAUUAAGCAACAGACAAACGGAGAAAAUCGAAGGAAAGGAUUUACUUUGUUGAACAAUUAGACACCGGAGCGAAGAUGACAAAGCGGCGGAGCGACGGGGGAACUGAGAGAACGGAAGAAUCGGUGACUAAUGCUAGCUGCAGCGGCGGCGGUGGAGAAGGAGGAGAGGAGUUGUUGAAAAGGUUGAGGGUGGAAGAAGAUAGAGAGGUUGGGAGCGCGAGCGAGGGAGUUUGUGGUCGGAGGAGCAGUGAUUCGACGGUGGGAUGGGAGAAGUUGUCGCCGAUGGCGCUGAGAGUUUUGCUGGUGGAGGCCGAUGAUUCGACUAGACAGAUCAUCUCCGCUCUUCUCAGGAAAUGUGGUUACAGAGUUUCUGCAGUUACAAAUGGGUUAAAAGCGUGGGAGGUAAUGAAAGGGAAGCCAGAUGAGAUAGACCUCAUUUUGACUGAAGUCGAUCUGCCCUCUGUAUCGGGAUAUGCUCUCCUUUCGCUUAUCAUGGAUCAUGAGAUAUGCAAGAACAUUCCUGUUAUCAUGAUGUCGACGGAGGAUUCGAUUCGGACGGCUUACAAAUGCAUGUUGAAAGGUGCAGCUGACUAUCUUAUCAAGCCUAUAAGGAGAAAUGAACUUGGGAAUUUGUGGCAGCAUGUGUGGAGAAGACAAAAGUCUCUUGGGAGAGUGAUUGGCAUGGAGGAUAAAGAUGCCGUCCAAGAUAAGCUAGAGCCUGCUUGUGAAAAUAAUGCUUCAAGUAAAUGUUCUAGUGGUGAUGGAGGGUUUUCUCAGAGAAACAAGGAGUGUGCUGAGAUGGGCAGUGAUACACAGAGUUCCUGCAUGGUGCUGGAUGCAGAUGCUGUGGGUUCUGAAAAUGUGGACAAGCCUGCUGCUGCAUGUAAGAAUGUUGAUGGAAUGACUCUGGACAAUGAUGAAGUAAAUGUAGAUAUGGAUUCCAAGGCAUCCGAUAAAAAUAAUGCUAAUUCUACCGGCGAAGCAAUUGAUUUCAUGGGUGAAGCUCCACUUCACAUAUCUUCAUCGAAAAUGAAAAGUGAGUUCGAUUCAUAUGGGCACUUGGAUCUCUCCUUAAGAAGUUCUUUUCGAGGUGGAUUUGAGAUUGAGCCUGCAGAAGGGAAAAACAGUCUUAGGCAUUCUAGUGCUUCAUCCUUCACACGCUAUACUGGCAAGCAAUUGUACCUCCAACACUCAGAAUCUGCGAUUGUAUCCAACCCGAAAGAACUUCCAGCUGAUUCAGACCGAAAUAUUUCCGGUGUUACUGAUACUGGUGGUCCAUCACCUGGGAGCAUCUCUCCUGUUCUAAACAAAGAAUCUGAAACCGAAGAUGCAAGUCAUCAACUGAAUGUACUUCGAACUCAAGAUCUAGUUAGUGGAAUGAGGACAGAUGACAUAAGAAACUCUGGCUCGAGCUCCAUGUUUACUCCAUUUCAAUCUGAACAAUCAGUAGAUGCAUCGCCACCACCAAAUCCUUGUUCACCAAACUUUCUAGAAGCCUCUAUUAAGUCAAGUGACUCAACCAAUGAAACACCGGCACAUCAGGACAAGAGGUCAGAGUGUUCAGAGGAGGAUCAGGGGCAUGUCACUACUCCUGUAGGUGAUCGGAGUUCGAGUAGCAGUAUGUGCAAUGGUGGUGCGAGCCAUAACAACAGCAGCGUGGGGGGCUAUGGAAGCAAUUGUGGAAGUAACAGUGAUGUGGACCAAGGUGCCAUGAUCAAGGUUGAAACGGAGAGCAACAAAAAUGAAGGUGGAGGAGCAGGUUCCUUCUCAAAUGUCAAAAGCUCUACUAGAUCGGUCCAAAGAGAAGCCGCUCUAGCCAAAUUCCGGCUGAAACGCAAAGAAAGAUGCUUUGACAAAAAGGUUCGAUAUGAGAAUAGAAAGAUGCUUGCUGACAAGCGUCCGAGGGUGAAAGGGCAGUUUGUUCGUCAAGUCCCAGCUGCAGCCCCUCGUUUAGAAGUCGAAGUCGAGCAAUAGUUAAUCGACACGCCAGCGUGGUACAGCAUGCAUUUAGCUAUUUGAUUUGGUUUUUGGUCUAGCUACUGAUUCUUAUUAGGCGGAUUGGCUAGUGUGGAAACAAUAACUCUUUAGAUAGAUAUCUAUGGUAUACACCCUUAUUUAGACAUACGACCAAGACUUUCCUUCCCGCAUAAGGCCGGUUGGUUAGUAGAUCGGGUUCUUUAGUUUGUUUAGGAAACAGCGGCAUGUAUGUUGUAAACUUGUAAUUCAUCAUUGCUGAGAUCUGUUCAAAUCCUGUCUGCAGAUUUUCCUCACCAGAGUGGGGCGGUUUUUCGCCGGUGUGUGCAGUUUGUUUGCUUGUUUCUCUUCUUCUCUAGAACAAGGCCUGUGUGCAGCUGCAAUAGCUUGAUUUCUGCUUGUACUGGUUGGACUUGUGAUUAUGACUUGGUUGGACCGUUGUUAAUGUGAUUAGGGCUGGGAAAAUAGAUCAGACCGUUAGAAAAACCGUGGUCCAAACUGUACCGCACAGUUUGGUCCGGACCGUAGACUGUUAAGUAGAGGUGGCAAAUGGAUUGGAUUGGUGGAUUGGUGGAUUGGAUUGGUUGAUCCAUGGAUCAAAUGGAUUGGAUCUAAUGGAUUGGUGGAUCAAAUGGAUUGGAUCAAGUGGAUUGGUGGAUUAUCCAUGAAUCCAAAUGACAUCCUCAACCAAGGACCAAUAUGUAAAAUGUAAAAAGUUUAGGGACUAAAAUGUCAUAAUGAAAAAUUUUAGGUACCAAAACGUAAUUUUCCAAUGAUAUUUUUCGUAUAAUAAAUUAAAGUUUAGGUACCAAAAUGUAAAAAAUAAAAAAUGUAGGUACUAAACCGUAAUUUGCCAAUGAUCCAUGGAUCCAAUCCAUGAAUCCACCAAUCCAAUUGGAUUUGGAUAAAAUGGAUUGGAUUUAAAUGGAUUGGAUUAAGUGGAUAUUUUUAAUGGAUUGAUGGAUUCGAUUGGUGGAUUGGAUUGGAUUGAAAUUGCCACCUCUACUGUAAAGUAUGGUCUGGUCUGGUCCAUGGUCAGUAUUAUUUUAUGUUUUGAUCUCUUGGUCUGGUCUGGUCUAGACCGCGGUUUACCAGACCAAACCGUGGACCCAACCGACUUGUCAAUACGUGUUAAUAGCCCAUUCGACCACUCUCCCAACUCCCACAAUGACAUCCUAGUCUCAACCUUAGUUUUUUGAAUCUCGUCCCUCCUUCAUUCACAACCACAUUUAACGAGAGAGUAGAGAUAAUUGUGUCUCCAUAUGACAUUAUCUUAAUUUUUAUGACGUUAUGGUGCAAGUUGGAAUGCUUUUACUUUGUAUCUUUGUUAUGUACUAAGAUUUAGGGUAUCAAAAUUAUUCAUGCAUGUUAGGAUUAAUGUGUUAAGGCAAAUAACAAUUAUUUUUCUUGAUUAUUGGUUCAAUUUUUUGUGUGGUCGACUAAACAAAUUAUUCAUUUUUCGUUGACUGUGGUCUAUCUGGACCAGACCAAACCAGACCGCACAGGCGUGGUCUUGACCGGAUCGUAGAGUCUGUGGUCUGGUCUGUGGUCUAUACUUUUGCCUCUCGGUCUGGACCAUAGACCGUAUAUAUGGUUUGGUCUGGACCAGACCGGACCAUUUCCCAGCCCUAAAUGUGUCCAGACCGGACCGCUUCCCAGCCCUAAAUGUGAUAUUAUUGCUACAUUACGUGAUUGCCAAACGGGCCCUUACUGAAUAGACUAUUGUCAAAAAAGGUGGCCAAGUGGCUACUAGGGAUGGCAACAAAAUCCGAACCCACGGGUACCCACCCGAUCCAACCCGAUCAACACGGGUAAAACCCGUGUUGACGGGUUUUGGGCCGGGUUCGGGUUUAAACCCGCUACACUAUUCACCGGGUCGGGUUGGGUUUGGGUUUAGGUAAACCCUCCCCAUGGGUACCCGCCCACACUCAUAUAAUUACUUUCCCGGUAUAUUUAAUAUUUUAAAUAAUAUAUCUUCCUUAAA